UGUUACCAUGGUUGGGGUCCGCAGCAGCACACUCAUCCAACACAACUCAGUGCCAAAGAGAAUAACGCCCCUGUCGCCAUCCUUCCAUCGCCGCCGGCGAAUCAACGGCCAUCCACCAUUACUUCCUCGAUCUAUCACCAAUUCAGGGAGCCCUUCAAUGCCGAGCCACCGCGCGCUACUCUCAUCUCCUCAUACGUCACCCCUGUCGACUUCUUCCUCAAGAGAAAUCAUGGGCCGAUUCCAGUGGUUGACGACAUCAACAGUUACUAUGUUUCCAUCGGUGGUCUUGUGGAAAAGCCGAUGCAGAUGUCGCUGGCUGAUAUCAAGAAACUACCGAAGUACGAUGUGACUGCCACUUUGCAGUGUGCAGGUAAUAGGAGGACAGCAAUGAGUAAAACAAGGACUGUGCGGGGCGUUGGUUGGGACGUCUGUGCUCUUGGGAAUGCAAUCUGGGGAGGAGCCAAGUUAUCAGAUGUCCUUGAGCUCGUCGGUGUAUUAAAACACACUGCCAUCACAUCAUUGGGAGGAAAGCAUGUUGAAUUCAUUAGUGUUGACAAGUGUCCGGAGGAAAAUGGCGGCCCUUAUAAGGCAUCAAUACCCUUGGUUCAGGCAACAAAUCCUGCGGCAGAUGUCUUACUUGCAUAUGAAAUGAAUGGAGAGGUACUCGAACGUGACCAUGGAUAUCCUCUACGUGUGAUUGUUCCUGGUGUUAUUGGUGCACGCUCUGUUAAAUGGUUGGAUCGCAUCAACAUAAUUGAGGAAGAAUGCCAGGGAUUCUUUAUGCAAAAGGACUACAAAAUGUUUCCACCUACUGUUGAUUGGGAUAAUAUUGAUUGGUCAACCAGGAAGCCACAAAUGGAUUUUCCUGUGCAGUGUGCUAUUUGUUCAUUGGAAGAUGUUGACAUAGUUAAGCGAGGAGAGGUCACUCUUGGUGGAUAUGCUUUGUCUGGAGGGGGGCGUGGCAUUGAGAGAGUGGACAUAUCUGUUGAUGGAGGCAAGACCUGGGUGGAAGCUUUUAGAUAUCAGAAGAGCAAUGUUCCAUAUAUAUCCACUGAUAUAAGCAGUGAUAAAUGGGCUUGGGUUUUCUUCAAGGCUGUUGUUGACAUACCAGGAGAUGCUGAGAUUAUUGCUAAAGCGGUUGAUUCAUCUGCAAAUGUCCAACCUGAAAAGGUAGAGCUCAUAUGGAACCUGAGAGGGAUACUCAACACAUCAUGGCACUGUGUUUGUGUUCAAGCUGUCCCAUGAUUCACCAUCUCCAGUUUAUAAAGUCGACAAACCGGAGUGCCGAGGACAAUUAACUAAGUGAUUUUGUCUCCUAUCAAUCUUUUGUAAUGUGAUAUAAGAACAAAGAUGUCAUGCUUGAUGUACUUUUUAACUUGUAUCAGGUCUUGUUCUGGAGAAGUAACCAUAUAAAAUAUGUUUACCACCACCAUCUUAGAUGUGUGGGUCUGUCUUCUGGGAGUUAAAGCCCUCUUGGCUUCAAUUGUUCCUGGUUGACUUUAUGAAAACUCUCAUGGAUCUCUUAUUGCUCGACAUAACUUCAAUAUUUUUCAAAAUUGCUAAUACAGUUUCACCCUAGAAUU